GGCCAGACGUAAACAAACAGAAAUGCCGUCAAUCAAAUCAGCUGUGUCUCACCUUGGAUCCUAGCAACCUACGCGGUCGACUAUCGAUCAAACGAGGUCGUGUGAAAAAUCAGGAAAAACUGGGAAAAUUCCACCACUUUUACGCCGUACUCGUUCCGGAUCGGUUCUGCAGUGCACAGAAGAAGAAGAAAUGUCCACCGCCGUAGCACGCCGAGGCGGCGCCAAAGUCGUCCGCGGAGGAAAAGGUAAGCAAGGUGCCGCCGCUCCGCGCAAAGGGUCCGUCUUCGGGGGUGGUCCGGCCGGCAAGGACAAGCUUUUUGCCGCGGCCAAACCGGACAACAGCGAGGAGUCCGACUCGACGGAUGCCGUCUCGUCCUCGGACGAGGAGGAACGCUGGAAGGAAUCCAAGCACACGAACGACGUACCCUCGGAGUACUGGCACAUCCAGAAGCUGGUCAAGUACAUGAAGGCCGGCAACCAAACCGCCACGAUUGUGGCCCUGUGCUGCCUCAAGGAUCACGACCUCACCACGCAGAUGAACCAACGGGCGAUUCAAGACUGCGGCGGGCUGGAAGUGCUCGUCAAUCUACUCGAAAGCAACGAUCUUAAGUGUCGACUGGGGGCACUGACGGUCCUGUCGGAAGUUUCGUCGAAUUUGGACAUCCGCCGGUCGAUAGUUGACCUAGGAGGUAUUCCGCUGUUGGUGCAGAUACUGUCGGAACCCGGGCGCGAUCUCAAAAUCAUGGCCGCCGAAACGCUCGGCAACGUGGCCAAGGUGCGGCUCGCCCGGAAGCUGGUCCGCAAGUGCGACGGAGUGCCGCGAUUGGUGGAUUUGCUGGACGUUCCCAUAAGUGUACUCCGUUCCCAGCGCGACCAGCUGAGCGAGGACGAGCGCGAAAUGCUGGACAUGGCCCGGGCCGGUGCCCGCGCCCUCUGGUCGCUUUCGGAGUCGCGCCACAACAAGGAGCUCAUGUGCAAGGGCGGCAUCGUCCCGCUGAUGGGCCGUCUGCUGAAGAGCGUCCACAUUGACAUUGUGGUUCCGACUAUGGGUACCAUACAGCAGUGCGCCUCGCAAGCCAACUACCAGCUGGCCAUCACGACGGAGGGCAUGAUCUACGACAUCGUGUCGCACCUGACGUCGGACAACCUGGACCUGAAGCGGCAGUGCAGCUCGGCGAUCUUCAAGUGUGCCAGCGAUAAGACCGCUAGCGAUAUGGUGCGAGAUUCGGGGGGUUUGGAACCACUGGUAGGUAUUGCAAAGGACAAGACGGUUCGAGACAACAAGCCCCUGCUGGCGGCCGCAACCGGAGCGCUCUGGAAGUGUGCGGCCAGCGAGGCGAACGUUAAAAAGCUGGACCAACUAAAAACCGUUCAGGUGUUGGUCCAGUUGCUCAACGACGAAAGCGAAGAUGUCCUCACGAACGCCGUCGGCUGCAUUUCCGAGUGUGUCAAGUACCAGAACAACCGCGAAAUUCUGCGCCAAUUUAACGGCAUUCCGUUGCUGGUGAAUUUGCUCAACAUGACGCACGCCCCCCUGCUGGAGAACAUCGCCAAAACGUUGAAAGAGUGUGCCUCCGAUCCGGAAAGCAUGACCAUUAUGGAAGAACUGGACGCGAUCCGCCUAAUUUGGUCCCUGCUUAAGAACUCUAACCCAAAAGUACAAGCUCACGCCGCGUGGGCACUCUGUCCUUGUAUCGAAAACGCUAAGGUUUGUCCCGUCACCAUCCCAAACCCAGAACUAACCCACACCUUUUCCAGGAUUCCGGCGAACUCGUCCGCAGCUUCGUCGGAGCUCUCGAGCUCGUCGUCGGCCUGCUCAGCUCCCGGGACAACUUUGUUCUCUCGGCCGUCUGUGCUGCGAUCGCCACCAUCGCCAAAGAUCGGGAAAACCUCUCUGUCCUGUCGGACCACAAGGUCAUCCAAAUGUUGGCCCACCUGGUGUACACCACCGACGAUCUGCUGCGCGAGAACCUGGCGGCGGCCAUCGCGAGCUGUGCACCGUACGCGAACAACACCCAAGAACUGGGCAGACUGCGCACCGUUACGCCCAUCGUCGGGUACAUGGUCAGCAACAACCCGCGCGUCCACCGGACCACGGCCAUGGCGCUGCAGAAGCUGUCGGAAGAUCCGCAAAACUGCAUUACGAUGCACCAGAGUGGCGUGGUUCCGUUUUUGCUGGAGACGGUUGGUUCGAAGGAUCGCGAACUGCAGGAAGCUUCGGCUGGGUGUUUGCAGAACAUUCGCAAGUUGGCGCUGCGAGCGGAAGAGUUGGAGUUUCGGGGCGAAUGAUGCUUUCGAUUGGUUGGUUAUUGUAUCUUGUAUUGACGUUAUGUAUGGCACUUAUUUUGCAAUUAAAUUUGUCACGGUUUGAACACAUUUAUUUUAAUAAAUUAAUUCACAAACAAUAA